AUGGUUGCCCCAGUGUCAGCCUCAGUUGAUCUCAGCGUAGCCGACGGUCCGCCUCUCGAUCUUUCGGGAGUUCCUGACGCCUGGGAUGGCUUACUUUCGGCUAUAGACAGUCACCCAAACGAAUUGGCCUUGGUGUGUUCUCAUCAGCCUCAUGAUCUGUUUGGCUUUUCCAGUGUUGGCCCGUCUGGCUCUGAAGGCACAAGUUCCGAGAAUGAAUCCCCGCAGUAUCUUCGCUGGACUUUUCAAAUUCUCGCUCAAGCUAUCCACAAGCUCGUGGUGACCAAGUAUUCUAUAGUUGCAGAUGCUGGUCUGCUGAAAGAACUCGGUCCUGGAACUUCGGUGGUAACAUUUCUUCAAAAUGGUGCCGACUUUGUACUUGCGGCUUGGGCUUCUGUCGCAACAGGUUGCACCUUGACUCCUUUAAAUCCCCUGGCACUCAAGAAUCGCGAUGAGACAGCUCACAUGCUCAGAACUGCUUUGAGUCUUGCCCCCGAUAGCAGUGGCCCGAGGUUGAUCUAUGCUGCCAACUCGGAUGUGGCCAGAGAUAUUGACAAGCUGGAUGUUGACAACAGCAUUCUUGGGCCCCACGUUGUUAAGAUAUUGGCUUCGGGGUCCGAGACAAGAGAAGGCUGGCUUCGCCUUGAUGAUUUGAUGAGACCGGUCGACGGCACUGACAGAGAUGACUUGUUCCGCUCGAACUCAACUCUUAGCCUUGAGAUCAGGGAUCCUGCACAGGCUGGCAUUGUUCUCUUCACCAGCGGUUCAACAAGCACGCCAAAGGGCUUAUUCUGCCGCCAUACGGUCUUGAAUACUUACACGAACAGCCGACUACUACUUUCACCGUCUCAUAUUCUCCCACAAGUUGGUUCGAGAGUAUGCAGUAUUCUCCCUAAUAAUCAUGGAAACGGCUGGACUUGUAUUCAAACCGCACACGGCCGUGGCGCCGCCCUGGUCUUCCCCGGACCGGCAUUUUCGACUCCGGAAGCACUUCUAUCCACCUUUCGCCAAGAGCGGAUCACGCACACACUGUUGGUUCCGACUCUGAUCCACGCUUUGAUUGCCGCCAUGGGAAAGGACCAGCCUCCACUGGAAUCACUCAUCAGUGUGACCUUUGGCGGGACGAUUUUGACCAGGCAGGAGGUGCUUGCGACAACCACUGUUCUCGGAGCUAAAGUUGUCGAAAACGCCUAUGGUUGCACCGAAGGCGCACUCACCAGCACUGGCAGUGUGAGCGUUCCUAACACAGGUCGCGACACUUCUUUGUCCGGUUCGGAAGAGAUGUCUGUGGGAAAGCCACCGAUGGGUCACGGUAUCAAAAUCGUAGAUCCUGUCACAGGCUGUGUCGUCCCACGAAAUGUCACAGGAGAGAUCCAUGGAUAUGGUCCUAUGAUAGACCGUGAAGGACAGUCUGGAUACAUCCAGUGUAAAGAACAGAAGGCAUUUUACACUGAAAAUGAGACAAGCAGAGUGUGGUUUCAGACUGGAGACAUGGGAAAAAUGGACGAGAACGGAGAUCUCUUCAUCACCGGACGUUACAAGGACAUGAUUAUUCGUGGUGGUGAAAACAUUUCCCCCGCCGCCAUUGAGGCCGUUCUCAUGAAGAACUCUGUCCUCCGCCCUCUAAUUCCACAAGUUGUCGGCAUUAAGGACACCAUCGCCGGAGAGGUUCCCGCUGUGGUGAUCAAAGGUGAUCGACAGGCUGCUACGGUCGAAAGGGCAGUUCGAGAAACAGUGCUGCAGAAUAUGACCAUGAUGCAUGUCCCGGAUCUGGUUAUCAAUCUCAAGGAUCUUGACCUAACAGACUUUCCGCGAACGACCUCGGGUAAGAUCCAGAAGUUCAAGCUGAAGCAGGCUGUAGCAGUCCAUCUGGACAGGCAGGCUACUUCAGGGGCAUACAGUACAUUGUCCGGGCUUGGAAAGCAUCACGAAGAGCAAGUCAAAGUCAUCUGGGCGACGGCAAUCGGGCUAGGGCAUACAUCCCAGCUGAACGUUAAUAUGCCCCUAGGGCAGUACAUCGACAGCAUCAGUAUGAUGCGCAUCCGCGACAAAAUCAGAAAGCAAACGGGUAUAGCGCUACCAUUGGCAGCCAUGGCUCAAGCAUCGACUGUUGCGGAGCAGAUUGAACUUUUGCGCAGCCUGUCAGCCGACGAUAAAACAAAGUCAACGAUCACAGACACCAGUGUAGCGCAUCUCAGCAAACAGGAUAGAAAGAUGGCGGCCGCCAAUGACAGAAUUGCAACACGAAGACCUAUUUCAGUAGAAGACUUGGUGGAUAUCGCACCCGAAGCGACACUUUACGAAUGGAUUAAAAAUCGGGUUCUGGAAUCCAUUUCGCCAUGCGGUUUUGGGUGGGAAGAUGUUGAGAACAUCUGUCCUGUGUAUGACUCAAAUGCCGUGCAGGCUCAGUGUGGUUUCUAUGAUACCAUCAACUUCAACAUGGCCAUCAGUACCAAGAUAAAGACCACUAAAAAGGAACUUCGCAUUGCCGUAGAAGCGGCGUUGCUCAAUCAACCCAUCAUGUGCUCGUUCAUGGUCUGGUCUGCGGACUGGCGCGGUGUUAAUCCUAAGACAAAGGACGCAUUCCACGUCAUCAUGCGCCCUUCGGCAAAGUACCUCGACUUGGCCAUCCAAGACGGCGGUGUCGUACGCUGCUUGAAAGAUCUUGAGGAUAUCGCGCUCGGAAAUACUGCUGAGGCCCAUCGAUUUCCAGCACCGCAACAGAACACGUUCCCUGGGCCGCUUUAUCGAGUCAUGCUCUUCGACGUAGAAGAAACCGGCACUGCGGCGAUGGUGACAUCCGCCAAUCACUCCAUCAGUGAUCAUUCCGCAGGGCAGUUAUUCUACGACGACCUCGACCGAUCCGUGUCGAUGGCUGCUUCAGGCGGUUUGACUGCCGCCGGCAUCCAAGCACAACUACGAGAGUACAAGGACUACCAGCCCUAUUUAGAUUUAGGUCACGCUUUGCGCAGCUCUCCGCGGGCUACGGCGGCUGUGAAUUGGCAUGUCGAUCGUCUUGCCUCUCUGCCCAAACAUGUUGAUGCUGGGGCAUUGUGGCCAAGUCCGACAUCUUGGAUGCAAGUCUCACUGGAUGAUCAUUAUCGAGAAAGCCAUCAAGUGCAGCACAGCUUUACGAUGUCAGCCCUUAGAUCAAAUCCCCCAAGUUCUAUGACCGUAUCCACAUCCACCAUCGUCAAGGCCGCAUUGGCGUUGGCAAGCGCGAGUCGAAGUGGCUAUACAACGACGAAAGCCGCAACAGGGCGCAAAUUCAGGGUAGCCGUAUUCUCCAGUGUCGAAGCCGCGAGAUUACACUAUAACCCCUUUCUUCCCAAGUCCGUCACGGACACCGAUAUGCCACGCCGCGGCAAGGAGCACGGCAGGUCUCUGCGGUGGGAGGCCGGCGACGUGGCAGGCCCUACAGUGCAAAUAGUUUGUAACGUGGUGGAGAUACCGAGAUGUGGCAACGAGCCGGAAACAGUCUCCGAAUUCCUGCGUAAAAUGCAGCGAGAGCAGGAACUUCAGACCAGACACGCGUCCGCACCUUGGCGAGCUAUCAUGGACAAGCUCGAAGACCCGAACUCCGAGAAGAGGCCUUGGCCGCUACUGCCUCUGGUCCACGGCUCACUUAUGUUUAACUGGGCCCCUGGACUCGGUGAGAGCGCGCCCCUGUCGCGGUCUUCCACGGAUGAUGCAAGGCUCUCACAUUUCGAAAAUAUGGACAUGUUGAAGUCGGUGCAAAAACCACGAGUCGGACUCGUGGUUUCUGCGGGCUCUAGUAGUCGCGGCUGUGGAUCAGCAGACGAGAGUGCUAUGACCACCGUGUUCUUGCAUCUCAGGGGAGCUGGACUUGAGUGGAGUUCUGGAGACGGUAUGACCUCUUUUGCCAGGGAAAUAGAGGCAAUGGCUCAAUGGUUGUCGGCUAAGGAGAACCAGGGGCUCCUCAUUCACAACGCAUUCGGUCCUGAGUGA